AUGGGAAAUGAUGACAGUAUCAUAAUAGCCAUCCUCCUUCUGUCUUUCUCCUUCCAGUCGUCAAGCAGUGAUAAUGAAAGAAACCACAGCAGCAUCAAUAUCCCAGUACGAGGAAGUGUACCAGAAAGCAGCUUAAACCAGAACAUUGCUGAACUAUACUCCAAUAUCCCCGAGUUCUCACACGAGGACUAUGCACUGUGCCAAGGCCAAGGUCCUUACUCCCACAUUAACCAGAUCUUGAAGGAGGCCCAUUUCUACAGCCUACAGCAGAGAGGACAGUCACCGACGUGAUGACCUGGGUGCUCCUCCUCCCUUGUUUAUAAAAAGCAAUGACAUUCCCACAAA